GCUGAGGCAGCAAUGGCUGCUGUCCAGAGGCUCCGCAAAUGCGUCGUUUCACCGACGGGGAAGCAUUCCGCGUCUAUUAUCUUCUUGCACGGCUCAGGUGACACUGGACAGGGAUUAAGAGCCUGGGUUCGAGAUGUUCUCGUACCAGAUCUGGCAUUCACCCACAUCAGAGUUAUUUAUCCCACAGCUCCUGCCAGGCCAUACACACCAAUGAGAGGGGCACUAUCGACAGUGUGGUUUGAUCGUCACAAAAUCUCACGAGACUGUCCAGAGCACUUGGACUCCAUAGAUGCCAUGUGCAGCACAUUGAGGGCCAUCAUUCAGGAUGAGAUCAACGCUGGGGUGCCCAAACACAGGAUGAUCAUUGGGGGUUUCUCAAUGGGUGGAGCCCUUGCCCUCCACUUGGCAUGUCGCUACCACCCUGACAUUGCAGGAGUCUUUGCUCUGUCCAGCUUCCUCAACAAGGAUUCUGUUGCUUUCCAGGCAGUGGAGGAGAGGGCAAGAGCAGGAAAUUCCCUUCCUGAGCUGUUCCAGUGCCACGGAACAAAAGACAACUUGGUGCUCCACCCAUGGGGAGAAGACACGGCAGAACUGCUGAGGAAAGCUGGCAUGGACACCACCUUCCAUUCCUUCCCUGGCCUUUACCACCAGCUCUCUCAACCUGAGCUGGAACUGCUGCGUUCCUGGAUCCUCACCAAGCUCCCGCCUGACUGACCACCAUCGUUCACCACCAUCUGCCCCAACAGACUCUUAUCCCUCUAUGGGACUUGUUACUUUUUGGACUUGGUCAAUAAAUGUCAUUUGUUUGGUCAUGUGUCACAUUUGGGUUUGUUAUACAUACCGUUUGGGGUUAUCUCAGGUAAAAAACAGCUGACUGGUUUGAUCCCCUAAAAACAAUACAUGCCAAGAGAUAAUGUGUAAUCAAAAACCACUUCUCUCUUUGAAGCUAUUUAGGAUGAGCGUGCAGUUGAAAUGGGGCCGUAUGAUCUCACCCUCCCAGUACCCAUAUUCUCUCCAUAUUCACUGCAUGAGCCACUCAAUAGUGUUGCAGUGAAGAACAGGAGUUGCCCAGAUGGAAUCUGUCCAGUUUGGCACCAUCUUAUUUGGCUUGGAGUUGAGAGAUUCGUUUUUUGUUUUUUCAAAAUCUUAUUGUUUUGCUGGAAAUGUGCUGAACACUUGUUUUGAUAAAAGUUUGCUCCAUUCA